AGGCUGCCUCUGCGAACACCUCUCUCUCAGGUUACCAUCGUCACAGCUUACAGCUGCUCUCUAUCUCUCUGACCGUCCCCUUAUCAUCGCCCCCCUUGCCGCGCGGUUGCUCAGUGCUUGGUGCCGCUGUCGAUUCACAAUCUGGGCUGAGCAGCCGUCGAUUCACAAACACGAAUCGACGUUUCCGUGCUUGGUGCCGCCGUUUCCGUGCAACACGAAUCGUCGCUACCCCUUGCCGGCGUCGAUUCACAAACACAGACUCCGACUGCUCGGUGCCGCCGUCGAUUCAGCUUAAAGGGAUUUCGAAUUGUACUUUGAAAUUUUCAAGAAGUUUGAAGAGGAUGGUGUUGGUGUUGGCCUUGGGGGAUCUUCACAUACCCCACAGAGCGCCUGAUCUGCCUGCAAAAUUCAAGUCCAUGCUUGUUCCAGGGAAGAUCCAGCACAUCAUUUGCACUGGGAAUCUAUGUAUCAAGGAGGUUCAUGACUACUUGAAGACCCUUUGUCCUGACUUGCAUAUUACCCGUGGUGAAUACGAUGAAGACACACGUUACCCAGAGACCAAAACGCUGACAAUUGGUCAAUUCAAGCUUGGAAUAUGCCAUGGUCAUCAGGUUAUUCCAUGGGGGGACUUGGACUCACUGGCCAUGCUUCAGAGGCAGCUGGAUGUUGACAUUCUUGUCUCAGGUCAUACCCACCAGUUCACAGCCUACAAACACGAGGCAGGGGUUGUAAUAAACCCAGGGUCGGCUACAGGUGCUCACAGCAGCGUAACCUAUGAUGUCAACCCCAGCUUUGUCCUCAUGGACAUAGAUGGCCUCCGUGUUGUGGUUUAUGUUUAUGAACUCAUUGAUGGCGAGGUUAAGGUCGACAAGAUUGACUUUAAGAAGACAACGACGACCUCUCAAGCCGCGCACUGACUAGAAAGAUGUUUGCUUUCUUCUUGUAGACCUUUUCUUCUGCAGUUAGUUAGAUACAUAACUGGUGAGCUUUUGAUGCUUGUGAUCAUGGCAUUUGAAAUCUGCAUGUACCGAGGACUUAGUUCGUGUGCCUCUUUUCUUUUUUGUUUUAUUGUUUUUUUUUUCUUCUGGUUUUCUGAUAUAUGUAGAGGUAAAUAGUCCCAAAAGGAGGGGGGGUGAAUUGGAGCAGAUAAAUAGUGGUUUUGAUGUUCCAAGAUAUCAACAGUGCUUGGUUGUUUUCGCGUGUUGUUAGGAGAAUGAAGCUGUAAUCUUGACUUGACCGUGUUAGGCUGCACUCGUACAAGGAUUGGUAUAAGAUAUAAGACCACUGCUUUGUGUUUGUGUUA